AUGGAGCUCAUGAAAGCACUGGAGAAGUCCAGAGGAGCGCUCCAUUCGACCUGGUCAACGGUGGCCGACAGCCUGGCCGGCAGCGAAGCUCAGCUUGUCAGGGAUCUCAACGAGAAAUGGUUCAGUGUCUCAGGCACCUUCUCGCUGGUGACGGAGUUUGUCAUCAGCUACAAGGCCAAUGCCACCUAUACUGGCAACAACGCUGGCUUGAAGAGUGGUUUGGACAUUAUAGUGGCUGGAUUGUCCAAUUCUGGGAGCUCGCUCCUUCAGGCUGCCACGUUUUCAGUGUCCAAGAACCUCGCAGAGCGUUGUCGCUACCUCUCGUCCUAUGCAGAUCCUGUGUUUGGAGAGGGCAACAUCUAUGAGAUGCUGACUGAGCUGCAGGCGGUUUGCAGUAACACUAAUGUGGCUGCAGCUUUGCCUGCGGCCGCAGAGCCCAAUGCUGCUGCUUUGAUCGAAGGUGUGACGGUUCUGGAGACUGGGACUGCGCCUACCACUACUUUGACAACGACUACGACAACACCCCCAGCAACAACAAGUACUACCGCGCCCACUACUACAAUCACAGCUAAAGCCACGACGACGGCAGCGACAUCCACAACAACGCCGACCACUAUAAGGAUGACCACUACAACGACGACCUCGCCUACGACUACGACCACGCCUACUUCUACUUCUACUUCCACCACCAGCGCGGCAGCCACAACCUCGAGCGGUGGUGUUGAUAAAAACUGGGCGCUCGGGCCUGGAGGAGGCAGCUGCGAUGAUGUUUGUGGAGUCGGUCUGUGUGAUCUAACGAAGCAGGAAUCGGUGACGAGCGACGAACUCAUGGCAAUUUCAACCAGCUUGGGCCGCCAAUGCGCAAGCGUGCACAGCUACCCAAAUCCUUACAGUCCAGAGAUCGAUAGUAGUCAGACGUGCUGGAGGGCGUCAGGAAAGACAACUUGCAGUGCUGACACCACCGAUAUACGCCACCAACGAAUCUGCUACUGCACCGCAGCAGCCAUGCCAGCUAGUACUGCUACUGCUACGACUAUACAACCACAACGGCGGCUACAACCUCAACAGCAACAACUAGGACGACCACGCCUACAACAACGUCACGCAACAACCAGCAUGCUGCCUACCACCGGCUGGCAGUUUUCCGUUCCAGGUCAACCCUGUGACACCGUGUGCGGAGUCGACAAGUGUGACAAGGACGCCAUGGCCGGAGUGAAUGAUCAAGCGUCAGCCUUUGCAGUGAUGAGAGAUAUCUUGGGGAAGCCUUGCAACGAAUCUCAAGGAAGGAACUAUCCAGGCAGUCCUUUCUGGGCCCAGACAGAUCCCUUCGUUUGCUACUACUACAAUGGAGAAAACCCUGCAGGAAUCGAUUGUUCCAGCAACAAGUUUCAUUCCCAUGAAGCCUUGUGUUACUGCCUCAGCAGCAACUUGAUCCAAGAUCGUUUCAGCAGUGAGACGGGCUUUCAACGGUUGGACGUGGAUCCAGCGAGCUCGCCCAUCGAGCCGGUUAUUUGGUCUGCGAUGGUGCAUUUCAGCUCGACGGAAGCGACCUGCGAUCCAAAUGAGUGCUUCGAGGUCUAUACGUUCGGCGGGUGCUUGUCAGAUGGAGCGGCCACCAACAGCGUCCACCGGGGUGUCGUAAACUUGGCCAAUCUGAUGGUCCUUUGGGCCAAAUCGGGUCCAGCGCCAGUAAACUUAGCACUCCAUACAGUGGUGUGGAUGGGGCCAGAUAGCGCCCUGGUGUUUGGUGGCUUGGACAGCUGCAAUGAAGGAAGUGUGGCCACAAACAAGCUUUGGCAGUGGAGCAGAAAUGUUUCAGACGGAGGCUGGAAGGAGUUAAGCCCCUUGCCGUACUUGUGCGGGCUUUAUUUCCACACUGCCAACACCAUUGUUUCUCUCUCCCAGUCCGGGAUGGUCGUCUAUGGUGGGCUUGACUGCAACAAUACCGUCUCAACAGACCACUUCUAUUUGUUUGAUUUCCAGACGUUGAAGUGGACCCAGAAGUAUUCAGGUUAUACACCGCCGAUGUUUGGUCAUGCUACUGCUUGGACACCGUCCAAUCCCACACUACUGUUCGUGCAAGGGGGCUACCAGUGGGAUUGGGUCAGUUCGGUGUGGAGCUUGGAAUCUGACUUGUAUGUCUUGGAUAUCAGCACCAUCUUCAUUCCUGGUUCAAAGGAGGUGCCAUUGCAAACGCGUACGGGAACAGGCGCCAGAAAGACGUUUCACUCUUUGCUGCCGUUCAAAGAAGAGUAUGGUGAAACAGAGUAUGUGACCUACAAAGCCAUCGGUGGAAUUUACGAGUGGACAGAGGACGGUGGAGUUCAAUUCCAGAAGACCGAAACCUACGACUACGACCCAAACAGAUUAGAAAAGAUUGAUGUCGACGAUAUCGAGGUGGCAAAGGAAUUCUACGGAUAUGGGCAAGCAGUCAACGACCUCUUUCUGCACCUGGACUCUUAUGUUUGA